AUAUAGAACAACUAUAACCCUGAUAUCUCAGAGCUAAUUAUUAGUUUAUAGCCACGCAUAGAAUUCUACUGCAGAACAGAAAAGCGAGCGGUAUCGAGACGUCUUCAAAGAAGUAGGGAUUAUUUCGAACGGAUCAAGAUGUCGCACACUAGACGCUCAAGGUAUUCAUCUCGCUCUGCAUCACCAUAUCAGCAGAGUCGUUCAUUCAGCAGGUCUCUCUCUCGCACGCCAUCAAGGUCAAGGAGUUGGUCAAGGGGCUGUGACUCUCCGGAUGCCGUGAAUCCUGGUAACAACUUGUAUGUGACUGGGUUGUCUUCUAAUGUAUCUAAGGCUGAGCUUCAGAAUCAUUUUGCCAGAGAAGGAAAGGUGGUUGAUGUUCAUCUUGUGGUUGACCCUUAUUCAAGGGAAUCUCGUGGUUUUGGUUUUGUGACAAUGGGUAGAAUUGAGGAGGCUGAAAGAUGCAUUAAAUAUCUCGAUGGAUCAAUCCUGGAUGGUCGGGUCAUUACCGUGGAAAAGGCCAAGAGAGGGCGUGGGCGAACCCCUACUCCUGGUAGAUAUCUUGGUCUGAGAAGAAUCCCUACGCAUCGUCGGUCCCCCAGCCGCUCACCUUACAGGGGUCGUCGUCGGUUGAGCAGCUCAGAUAGAGAAAGAUCUUAUUCUCCUUACUACUACAGGAGGUCUCCAUCUCCUUACCGACGACGACGAUACAACCGAUCACCCAACAGAAGGCGCUCCUCUCUGGAGUCCAGAUCGCCUUCUCGAUCUACAAGUCCAUAUUACAGCUCACGCAGCCCAUCCCCAAGGCUGAGGAGAAGUUCAAGGAGGAGCUAUUCCAGAAGCUUUUCUCCAGCCGUUACCGUUAGGAGAAGGUAUAGGAGGAGAAGCAUCUCUCCAAGACGAAGCUACAGAAGAAGGCGUUACUCGAGCAGCGUUUCACCGAGAAGGCACCACCGGAGGAGCCCUUCACACACUACCGUUUCUAAUAAGAAGAGAUAUUCCCGUGAAAGUUAUUCUCACAGCAGGAGCUUCAGCUCGCAUUCUACAACUGUUUCUAGCUCGUCAAAUAGGUCUACUUGAUCGUAUCAUUCUACAACUGUCUCUAGCUCGUCGAAUUGGAGUCUAGUUGAUCGUAUCAUUUGGCUGGCUUUAAAAAAGGUAUUUUGACUGAAUUAAACCUUUGGUCUGCUUAUUGUAUGUACUCAAUUUUCUUUAUCGUUUAGAUCUGACGUUGGCAAAAAUUAGAGUUUAGAAAUUGAGGGUGAUUUAGGCUUUCAUUCGAGAUAGUUUUUUUACUGCUGCUUGAGGCAGUUUUAUAAGGCACUUCCUGUUAUUACUGCUUGGUUAUUUAUAAAUCAAGUUCAUUUUAUUCUGAUC